AGUUAUCUUUCCCCCAUCAAACGCUGCGACUGUCACCUUUUCAUCUGAUUGGUCAACCUCUGGGCCGGGCGUCAACUUCUCCUGGUCGUCAAUAGAUGUCAGCAUGUGCGCCGGGGAGAUCCUGUCGUCUAUAGAGGGCACUGUCAGCAGCCCGGGCUACCCGGAAUAUCUCCCGACGCAGCAGGAGUGCACCACAUAUCUUCUCGCGCCAGGUGCCUCGCGUUUGACGCUGCACGUGUCCGACCUCGACCUGCCGUGCAAGCUCGGCUGGCUGGAGGUGAGCAGCGUGGCCGACCUGAGGUCGCCGCCGCCGCUCUCUCGCCGUCUGUGUGGCCACCAGGGGUCAGUGGUGCUGGCGCCCGGCCCCUACGUCCGCCUUCACCUGCACACGGAGGAUGACCUGAACACUGCCCGCGGCUAUCAGCUCACGUUCAGAGCCGCGGCGACCGUCGACGAGCGGCUGCCGGUGUCCGUGACGUCAGCCGAGUCGCGCCGGCUGCCGGAGGUGCUGCUGCUGGGGCCGCUCAAAUACCGCGUGUCGCACAGGCUGGCGGCCGCGCCCGGUCACAACGUGGCGCUGCGACUCGUCUUCGUCGGCUCGCUGGUGGACGCGCCCUGCGGCGGACCGGGGGGCUUCGUUCACAUCUCGGAUGACUACGCGCCGGGCGGCGGCUCCCAUUGGUGGCUGUGCGCGGGCGCGACACGCCGCACCGCCACCAUCCGCUCAUACCUGCACGUGCUGACGGUGACGGAGCGGGACUUAGCUUCGUCCCACGUUGCAGACGCGGCUUUCAACAACAAGAGCGGCGCGUCCGGCGGUGCCGUCGAGCCGUGCUGGGCCAGCCCGUGCGUGAACGACGGCAAGUGUGUGCCGGGCGACGGCCGCUCCGUCUGCGCGUGUUCCGCCCAGUUUGCGGGCUUGUUCUGCCACAUCCCAGCGUGCGAGAUGUCGCUGUGCCUGUUUGGCACGUGUGAGGCGACGCCGGCCGGCGUGCGGUGCCACUGUGACCCGCUGCACGAGGGCGAGCGCUGCGAGCGGCGCCGCUCGCCCUGCGCCGACAAUCCGUGCCACGGCCGCGGCCUGUGCGCCGAGGCCAACAGCACCUUCGUCUGCCACUGCCACGGCUGGUGGUCGGGACGCCACUGCCAGACCCGGGUGCUGCACAUUCCGUACAAGCCACUCAGCGAGCGGAUGAUCGAGGAGCCGUUCUGGCUGGGCCUCAUCACCGUCACGGUCGUCAUGGUCGUCAUCGGCAUCAUCUGGUGCAUCAAGAAACACUUCGCCGAGAGGAUUGAACACUUCUUCGCCGAGGAGAUCGAGAAGAGUAAAUACUACGGUGGCUACAUCCCGUCGCCGCAUGCGUCGCACGCGCUACUGCGCGACUCUCCGGCCAGCUCGCCGCCGCCGCAGCGCAGCUUCCUGCAGCGGCUUAGCCUGCGCAAGACCUCGCGCGUCUCGCUGCUGUCGCUCUCCUCCGUGGCGUCGUCGCCCGGCCACGACCUGCGCCGCAGCGUCGAGGACUUUUUCCGCGCGCCGCUCAAGCGCAGACGCUCGCGCUCGCCGCUGGGCUGUCCCUACUACAAGCGUAACUCGUCGGCGGAGUCGCACGAGCUGGACGUCGAGUCGCGGGGCAUCCUGCGUGGCCUGGUGACGCCGCGCGACCCGCUCAGCGAGCGCAGCAGAAGCUACGAGGAGUUCAUCCAGCUGGCCGAGAUGAAACUCGGGGACCAGCGGAAGAGAGGACCGCAGUCAGUGGACGACACGGCGCUGGCCGACACCUCGUUCCAUGACAUCAUGGGCAGCAAGUUUGACAAGCGCGUCAAGUUCGCGUCGCUCAUGUCGCACGUGUCGCGCGACAUGAUGACCUCGUCCGGCUCCGACCUGAGCUGUGUCAGCGAGGCCAGCUGCAGCUACAAGCCACAGAGCCUGCUGGGCGGCCAGUCGCGGCGAUCGCUCUCGUUCAAGCGGCGUGGCCGGGCUUUGGCCUGCGUGCCGCCCGACGACGCCGUGGAGACGACGUCGACGGGCUCUGACCUGACGCCGGACGCCGUGCGCCGCUCGGCGCUCAUCCAGUCGCUGUCGACACCCUCGUCGCCGCGCCACCGGCCCAUCGCCAAGAUCACGAGCGCCGACAGCAUCCUGUCGAUGCUGCGCGGCUGGGCCAACGGCCGCUCCGUCUCGACGCCGUCCAGUCCGGCCAACUCGGACCACGGCGACGAGGCGCCGCUGGCCAACGGACCCUCGUCGCCGGGCGCCGUCGCCGCCGCCGAGAAGACCGCCGCCAACAGCCUCGAGAUCCCCGUGUACGCUGGCGGCAACGGGAAGAACGGCGGCGCCGUCUCGGCGCAGUCGGUGACGCUCGAGAUCCCCAGCCACGACUACCGGUGCCUCUCGCCCAUCACGGAGGUGCCGACGCCGUCGCCGUCGCCGCUGCCGACGCCGAUCCGGAUGGCGCGCCACCCGAUCCAUAUCCACCUGGAGCACCGCGUGUCGGACAUGGACUCGGACGCGUCCACCACCAUGUCCAUGUCGGGCAACGAGCAGUCGCGCACCAGUAGCGCUUCCCUGGACAUCAACGCUGACGCCAGCAACCGCACGCCGUCGCCGACGUUCAACCGAAAAUACAGCUGCAACUUCCCCAUCCCGAUGGUGAUCAUCGAGACGACCAACACGUCGCCGGAGAGCGAGGAGCUGCCGUUGCCGGUGACGCCGCCUGCGCCGCCGCCAUGCCCGCCGGCUAUCAUAAUCUCGGAGGAAGACGGUGACGCGGAGGGCAGCCCGCCGCCGCCGACCUCGCCACCGACACCGUUGCCGCCGCCGCCCCCACCGCCGUUGACGCCACUGGAGGUGACGGUGCCGUCGUUCACGUUCCUGGCGGCCUCGCCGACAGACGACGCGCCGCUGACGCCGCUGGCGCCGCCUGUCGUCGGCGAGCGUAAGCUGAGCGCGCCGCACGCACUCAGCAUGCUCCGCAAAACGCCAUGCCUGCGCGAGGCGAGCCGCGCCGACUCGCUGGAACUUCAGUCGCGUCCUGGCCGCCAGCUGUCGCGCAACAUGAGCGAACAGGACUCGGACACGGACAGCACGCGGCACACGAGCGGUCUGCUGCUGGCGCCGUUCGCGCCGGACGCGGCGCACAGCAACUCUGAGUCCAAUUUGAGCUCGUCCGGCUACAGCUCGGCCUACAGCCCGGCGCCGUCGCGUUGCUCGUCCACCAACCCUCUGGUGGAGGAGACGGGCACCGCGCCGCGGCGGCCGGCUCUGCUCCACCAGGCCACGCUCGAAGACGACUCGGCGCUCGGCAGCAACGACGACUGCCUGUCGACGGACCCCGAGAUGCCACGGCCCGAACCGCAGCGGCCGAGCCCGGCCUCCUCGCGCUCCGAGUCGCCGCUGAGUGACCGCACAGUGCGCCGCUUCUCGCGCCAGUUCUUCGGCAAGCUGGAACUACCGUGCACCGACUCGGACUGCUUGUACGACUACCCGAGCUCCGAACGACUAGCGUGGCGCAGCGUGCCAACCGUGCCGCCGGAGCGGGCCGCUGCCGCCAACGCCGUCGCCGGCGAUGCUCGCCAGAAGACGUGGACGCCGCACACGCACAAGCGGCGCAGCAAGCCGCCGCGCUCCGAGGCCUGGACUUCCUCCAACGAGUCGAUUGACCUGACCAGAUCGGCCCCAGUGGGCGACUGCCACGAGCUGUACCAGGAGUCGUCCGAGAGCGAGAUCAGCAGCACCAGGAGCGCCAGCAGCGGGCGCCGCCACAGGCGCCGGAUCAGGAGACAGGGCUCGCUGGACACGAGCGACGACCAGACGGUCGCGGACGGCUCCGGGGCGGGCCCGAGUGGUGGCCGGCGCGGCGGCCGGUUCCGCACGCUGGCCACCCAGCUGCGCUCGCUGCGCCGCCUGCGCAAGCCGCGUCCGCUGACCGCCGGCGGCAGCACCAGCUCGGAUGAGGCAGCCGUCGAGCCCGGCGAACGCUCGGCGCUGCUCACCGCCAGCGGACGCACGCUCACGCACUCCUGCAGCGACCCGUGCGAGUACAUACAGUGACUCGGAGGGCUGGGCGAGCACGCGCAACGACGGGAUUCCUGCAGCAGUCCGUGAGAGUUGAGCCAGUGACGGGGACUCAUGAGGCGGCCCAUGCGAGCACGCACAGGCACAUUCGGUCCUGGCCCCAAUCGAACAUAUCAAGAACCCAUUUGCGGUCAUGGGCCCAGCGCUCCACUUGUUUGUGACACCGUUGACUAGCGUCCACGACCACGCAUAACUGGGUUACCAAUCCCGCCGAUCACAACCAUGCAGUUCACACAUCAUAGCGACACAGACGAAACGCCGGUCAUUGGAGUGCGUACCUGAAGGACCUUUGCGCACAGAGGACGGGCGCCGGGCGACGGGCGAUGAUGUGAGGAGCGCUUGUUAC